CUGGCGCAGAGAAAGCCAGGCGAGCAGGGAGCCUGCAGCAGCGCCGCUUCCACCAAGCCCCCCAGAGCAGGCAGUUAAAGCCGAGCGCUUCCUCCCUCUAGCUCAGGGAGAUGUGUGCAGCGGUCAAGGCGGAGGCCGGGCUUCGGGUACCCCAGGACCGCUGCUUGCGGGCUUGAGAGCGCUCCCAGCCAAAAGACCGGCGGCAUCCUCCGCAGGGACGAAGCAUUGCGCAAACGCCGGAGGGGCUCGCCUCUUCUGCAAACUCUCGGGACUUGGCUGUGAGGCGCGUUCCUGCUGGUCGCUGCGAUGCUCCCUUUGCCUCGGAGGAGGUCUCCGCUGCUGCUGGGCGCCUGGAUGCUGUGGGCGCAAAGUUGCCUCUCUCUGCGAAUCUUCAGCGGUCAAAAGGUAUGCUAUGGCGAUUCAACACAUCCCUGUUACAAGAUAGCUUAUUUCCAUGAUGUGUCCAGACGUGUGGGUUUUCAAGAGGCCCGCCAUGCCUGUGAAAUUGAUGGUGGUGUCCUCCUAAGCCUGCAAAGUGAAACAGAACAGACACUAAUAGAAAACAUGUUGCAGAACCUAACAAAAUCAGGCUACGGGAUUUCUGAUGGUGAUUUCUGGAUUGGCCUAUGGAGAAGCGGAGAGGGCCAAACUACAUCAAAUGCCUGCCCUGAUCUUUACAAAUGGGCAGAUGGAAGCACCUCACUCUUCAGAAAUUGGUAUACAGAUGAACCUUCCUGUGGGAGUGAAGCAUGUGUUGUGAUGUAUCAUCAGCCAACUGCUAAUCCUGGUUUAGGAGGGCCUUAUCUUUACCAAUGGAAUGAUGACAGAUGCAACAUGAAGCACAAUUUUAUCUGCAAAUAUGCUCCAGAUGACAUCCUUGAAAAAGAAUUAGGAGAUAGAGCAGAUCCAGAUUAUGAAAUGUCAGCAGCCCAAACAACAGUGCCAUCAGGGAAGCCUCAUGAUUCAAGCAAUCCAGAAGACAAUUUUCCUGUGGUUGUUACUGAAACUGGUUUAAUUCCCAAUCUAAUUUAUGUUGUCAUACCAACUAUACCACUGCUGCUGUUGAUAUUAGUGGCUUUUGGGACUUGCUGUUUCCAGAUGUUGCAUAAAAGUAAAGGAAGAACAAAAACUAGUCCGGACCAGUCUACACUAUGGAUUUCAAAGAACCCAAGGAAAGAUAGUAGCAUGGAGGUAUAGAGAUAUGACUGAAAAGCAAGCAGGAAUAACAUUUUUUUACAUGCAGGAUCUCUUUUAAUGUCAUGUCAGAUAUUAGCUUGGAAUGGCUUGAAAUUGCAAAGGAUCAGCAACAUGAACUGGAAGCUCCCCCUUGAGGCAACUGUUCAAAUCUUUUUUUAUAUGCAAUGUUUUAUUUUUAAUUCAGCAGUAAAACAUGCCACUUUCAAAGGAAAGAAUGCAUUUAUUUUGCUAAGGAAAAUGACUGCACUACAGAUAGCAAGGAGAUGGACUGAGCAUUUGGAAUAUCUAUGGGAAAAUGUUAACUGUAUGUGUCAAUUCUAAAACAAUUGUUUCUAGUUUAAAUUUAACUUUCCCCCCCCUUGUUAGUUCCCCAUACAAUGUACCUUAAUUGAUGUGCU